AUGAAUGAACUUGACCAUGCUUCUGUUGACCCAAGUUCUGUUUCUAAAAUAGAAUCGCCCAGGGUUCCCUUGAUGUCGUUUGCCACAAAAGUUCCGGUUUCAAUGUUGGAUUCAAUUGAUGAAAUUACUACAAGAGAAAGCCCCUUUGGUCAGCGUAGUGUUGUAGGGACAAUUACAUUGCUUCAGAAUUGCGUCAUUGUAUGGGUCGGAUGGGGGGAGUCUGAAGAAAUUCUCCACGACCAUGACAUAUCCAAUCUAGAUUUGCAGUCUGCAUUGGGUCAGUCUCCAACAGUGAGCUCGCAGCAGAAUAACCGGAAUUUGCCGACAAAUACCAAAACAAGAGUGUCGCUGGGGAAGGGAAAACCACCACAGGGACAGUGCACAGUGGCGAUGCCGCGAACUAUUGCGUACAAAGGGGCUUUCGCCACAGGAGCCAAGGAUCUACCUUGUUCACAAAUCAUUGGGGGGGGGAGUACUGAUGCUCAGGUUCUGGCGUCUCAGAUGGCGUCUAGACUUAGUGCUAAAUUGUCAAUGGCAAUAUUCGUUUCUUGCCAGCUCGCAAACGGAAUCAGUGCUCAAUCAGAUCAAUCGUCCAGUGUCCCGCCCUUGGCAGCAGCUGCUGCCGAAAAGGAAAUAAUCAAGGUCAUACAAUCGGAGCUAGCCGUGCAGAUAUGUUAA